AUGACUCUGUGCAGGGAAGCUGCCCAACAGCUCCGACUCGCCGCAUCUCGGACAGGCGCUGUUGAAAGAUCUUUGCGCACCUCCCGUCGGCAUUUCAGCGGACUGAUACAAUCGACCAAACCGAGACAGAGCAUUCCCAGGAAGUCUCAUUUACAGAGCUUCGCGCAGUCUCGACGGCAGUUCUCUGCCACGCCUAGUGCAGCUCAUGGCCACAUUACGCCGCCCAAACCGGGCGAGGAGAUCAACGUGACGUUCAUCGACAAGGAGGGCGAGAAAUGGGAUUUCCAAGUAUCGGAGGGCGACAAUCUACUGGAUAUUGCGCAGGCCAACGAUCUAGAAAUGGAGGGCGCUUGUGGAGGUUCAUGCGCAUGCUCGACCUGCCACGUAAUCGUCGAAGACCCGGAUCUUUACGAUCGAAUGCCAGAACCCGAUGACGAUGAGAAUGAUAUGCUGGACCUCGCCUUUGGGCUUACAGAGACAUCUCGGCUGGGAUGUCAAGUGAAAAUGACGAAAGAUCUAGAUGGCUUGGUGGUCAAGUUACCGGCGAUGACGAGAAAUCUGCAAGCGAGCGAUUUUGCAGACAAGAAAUAG